AUGAAGUGCAGUUCGACAAAGAUACAUUAUGUCCGACUUGGGGGUAGUGUUGGUUACUGCAAUGAAAAUGAAGAAGUGAAAACAAAAUGUAAACACAGUUGUGAUGUAUUCCGAGAUAAAAAAGGAGAAGGACUUAACCCUGACUAUGAAAACGCAUUCUAUCACUAUCCAUUCUAUAUAUACUAUCCUAAAACCACCCUUAGAGAAGCCCUAGCAACAGUUCCCCCCACCGAACACCCGCCUUCGGAGAAACCAAUCAUACCCACUCUGCCACCAAAAUAUUCAACCCUAGCCCCAACCCCUGCUUUUACCACCCCCGAGCCGGGUAAGGGGUUACCCACAAUCACACCUACCGAAGGUGAAUCAGAGUCACCCAAACACCAACCUACAGCCAAAUCUCAACCUCCCAAAGACUCUUCCUCCCAACCUGGGGGAGGCAGUACAGCGGGGAACGCAGGAGGGACAGGGAUUUUGCCAAACAAGUGGCCAGUGACAGGCAAAUUCCCACAUCAAUCAUCAUCACCGCCACCGACAUUUCAUGAAAAUGCAUCAUCAUCAUCAUAA